CGGAGAGGAGCCGCAGAAGCAGCAGCAGCGGUAGAAGCGGCCCCGGGAUGCCGCCUCCCCCUCCCCGCUGACCGCUACACCGGGACAUGGAGCCGGGGGCCCCUUCCACCUUCCUCACCAUCAUCAGCCUCAUCCUGCACAUCCAGCCCGGGGCGCCUGAGAUUGUCCAUCUUGGCCCUUUUUUCCUGAUACAGAAUGAAACUUCAGAAUUAAGCCAAAAUGCCUCGACCUUGGAAAAAGAUGUUGCGCUCUCAUCACAAAACUUUUCCUUGGAGGAACACAUCGCCCCCGAAACAUCGGCCAUUCAGCUUUUAGAGUCGGCAAAAAACAUGGCACCUGCAGACACCAUCUGGCCCUUUUCCAGCGAAGCUGUCCUGCAAGAUGAUUUGUUAAUCACUCAAACUGUAAGUGCUCAGCCUUCCACAUCACUAGAUGAAUCUCAAGUUUUAUAUAACUCACUGACAACAUCAGUAGUGGACGUCAAUCAUUUAAGCUCUGAAAUACUAGAAUCAAUAAACAAUCAACCAACACCUUCUUUUGUACUGCUAGAAACUAGUCUGGGUUCUUCAUCCCAAAUUUUUUCUGAUCAGCAUGUGAUGAACUCUCAAGAGGAGUUUUUUAGUAGUAUCUCACAAACCUUUUGGAAUACCGAAACUCUUCCAUUGCCAAAAACACAUGCAGACAUUGUCACCUCUGUUUUCAUAGAAGAAAGUUUUGUCUUGGAGAGUUCAUCCUCCAGAGAACUCAAAACAUUAUCCUAUUUUGACUCUGUGACCCUGCCGCCUGUGGUUUCUAGCACACCUUUGAUGUCUUUAAAUAGCCUGGAUUUCUUGGAGAGUAGUGAAAACCUGCCAAGCUUGACCAUUUCAGAAGAAGUCACCAUCAUUUCAACCAAAAAUGUUCUGCAGAGCAUAUUUUCAAAUAUAGGGCUUGCACAAGAUUCAACUACCAGCCCUAGCAUGGAAGUGCUAAUAACUUUUUCACCCGAUACCUCGACAACGUAUGAAUGGCCCCAUAGUGCAGUUCCGGAUGUCUUUGAGAGUCUUCUUUUGGAAAACGUCAAAAGUUCGGAAAUUUUGGCCACAAGUCUGACACCUGUUUUUGUAUCUCAGUUUGAACAGACAUUCCUGCCUUCUUUUACUGUGUCCUCAAGUUUUAUGUACACCCAGUGGUGGUCAGAGGAUUAUCUAGAAACUAUUAUCACGAGCCCCUCAGGGUCCAUAGAUGGAAAUAUUCAGACUAGUGUAGUUUCUGACUUUCCGUUUUUAGUUGAGUCUACUGCUGAAGUUGUUGAAUCUGUUUUCCCUUCAGUUAUGGUAACUCCCGUUUCUUCAUCUUAUACGGAUGUUUUGGAAUCGUCAAUGGAUUUUACAAGCCUCGUUGACUCAUCGAUGGAUUUUACAAGCCUUGUUGACUCAGUUUUUACUAAAGCCCCAGUAGUCACUUUGUUUCCAGCAGAAACCUUAAACCUGGAGACGCACUUGUUUUCUGUGGUAGAAUCUACAAUUUUAAUGCCUUCUCUCACUGAACUGUUUGUCUCUUCUGUAUCAACUGUUGACCUCGAGUCAACCCCUACUAUUGUAGCAAUACCAGAAUCCACACUGUUCCUCGACAGUUCUCUUUUUAUAUCUAUGAACACAGUGGAAGCCCCUGCCUUUGUGCCAACUGAAUCUGUAAUGCAUAUUAGCCCCUCUCUUUUUACUUUAGUUGAGUCAGAGAAUAUUUCUGACUCCACCAUUUUUUUCUCAGUGGUUCCCACCUUUGAAACAAGUAACCUGUUUUCUUCAGUUCCAGAAGAAAUUUCCUCUACGUUCUCUUUGGUAGCCAGUGAUGUGUCAGCUGUUGUAACUCAGGACUCAUCCUCUAUGCUUGCAAUAUUGGAAACGGCAUUCAGUACUUUUGAUAUAGAGACCUCAGUUCCACCAAUUACAGGCACCAUCAAUCUAGAGACCACACUUUGGCCAACUAUUAACCCAACAUCUGUUGUUUCUUUCGCCCCAUUGUCUAGUGCUGACUGGACAGAGAGAAGUUCAAAUGUUCUGUUAGAGUCUUCUGAGAUGUGGGAAGUGACCCCAAGCAUUGUGUUUGAAUCUGGCAUUUUCUAUACCUCAACUUUUUCUGGUGCUACCUCUUCUCUGCUGCCUUCAUCGUCUGCAUUGGUUUCUACCAUGCUGGCCUUGUCCUCCACCUCCUUUGAGUCUGAUCUCACCAGCAGUGCUUUUAUUGAAGAGACUCUUCAGACCUCUUCAUUUUUCUCCGUUCCUCUGACAACAGAACUUCCUGCUUCCACUUCUGCAUCAAUUAUGGACACAUCAGAGGCCCAUACCUCCGUAGUCUCAAGCAACAUUUUAGCAUCGCCAACACCCAGCAUUUCACAAGAACCAAGCAUGCUACCUGAUAUGAGUUUACUACCGACAAUAAGUUCAAUACUGACAUCAAACUUGCUAUCUACGGCAAGUCCUGAAACUGUUAUAAACUCACCAAACCCUCAGUCAUCUACGGACCUACUGUUUACAACAAGCCCCACUCUGGACUUGAGUGCACAAAUGAGUGUAAGUUUGAUGUCCACUCCAGUUGCUCCUCAGGUUCCAAGCAGUAGUCUUUUUUCAUCUCCCACUGAGCUAAACACUAUGAUAGCCACAACUUUUACUCCAACUACUUUCACCUCAGCACCUGUCACUCAUACUGAACAUGAUACGACGACUUCCACCACCCAGGCAUCUACGACAAGCACCACCAAACCUGAAACUACAACAACAAGUACAACUUCUGUGCCGAUUACAUCUCCAUCUGGACUCACAGCCACAUCUUCUCCAACUACCACAAGGCCUACCCGGUUGUGUGAUGUCUCAAACCCUGAACCGUACCUAGUUACUGCAGUUCUGUCAAGACGAUUCAGCAUGCAGAACAUCACUGAAUCCAUCAAGGAAUUACUAACGCUAAACUUUAACCGUCCUGUGGAAAUUGAGGUCUAUACAUUGUCAGAGAGCUACUCGUUCAUGGUGACCUCUGGACCCUCCGUGUAUACUGCCAUUGCUGUUGUUAAUGUUUUGGGCAGCAGCAGCCUUGUCAUUGGGCCGGCUCCUCCCAUUGUGUCUCUGCAGACCGCAUUUCUUGGACUGGGCCAAAGAUUCCACGUUCAGACAGUCCUGCAGUUUGUGCCGCAGUCAGUCGAUAUCAGACUCUGCACAUUCAGUGAGCAGAUCCAGAAGGGGCUGAGCCUUGCGCUGUUUGAGGUGCGCAGACUGCGCCAGGAGAGGGAAAAUCUCACUGUUCAGAUAGUGAAUAUCAGUACCAGUUUGCCCCGGGAGAUGAUCUGGAAGGCACCAGUCACCAUCACCUACUCUGCUCAAGACCACAAUGGAUUCCUGAAUGGCUCAGAGAUAAGCGAUCAGUUGAGGAAUCUGACCCUGGUAGAAUUCAGCUUCUUCCUGGGCUUUCCGGUGAAGCAGAUUGCAGAACCGUCUCAAUAUCCUCGGCUCAAUACCUCUCCACACCUGAAGGAUUCUUGGCUGCGCACAGUCUUGCUCGGUGUCCAGGAGCAGCAGCUGAGGAACGAGGCCUUUCAGACGGAGAUAGAGAGGAAGCUUGCUCAGCUCAUCAGCGAAGCAACGUUACAGAAGCGGCGCUGGAAGAGAGCCAGCUACGCCGGGAGCAACACCGUGCAGGUGGUGAAUAUUUCCCGAAUGGAAGGUUUGGAUGACCCGGUUGAGCUGAUUUAUUUCAUUGAGGAUCAGUACGGAGGACGGCUAGCUGCUGAUAAGGCUUCUAGUUUGAUAAAUGAGGUGAACAUCCAGCGAGCUGCCAUCAUCCUCGGAUACCGACUGCAGGGCGUGGUGGCGCAGCCAAUAAACCAACCCUCAGAGAGCGACCGCCAGGCACAGAACCUGUGGAUCAUUGUGGGUGUGGCUGUGCCAGUAUUAGUGGUGACCAUCAUCAUAGUCAUCUUGUACUGGAAACUCUGCCGGACUGACAAACUCGACUUCCAGCCUGAUACAAUGAGCAACUUACAGCAGAGACAGAAGCUCCAGGCCCCCAACGUAAAGGGAUUUGACUUUGCCAAGCAGCACCUGGGCCAGCAUAAUAAAGAUGAAGUUCUCAUCGUACAUGAGCCUCCUCUGCCUGUGUUACAUGGACCCCUGAAAGAUUCCACCCCCUCUGAAAACGGGGACAUCCCCACUCCAAAGUCCAAGGCUUCUGGUAAGCCCAGCAAGAUUGGGCGCCACCGUGGCAGUAGGAUUACCCCCUCGGAUGCUGGAUCCACGGCUAGUGAACCAUCAAGUGGAAGAGAUUCGGGUGAAGACGGAUCUCCGCGGCCUUCGGCUCCUCCGCGUGAAACCCCACAGCGACCAAAAGCCAAAGGAGAGUUGCCAGUGUUGGGCAGCGGAGUUGAGCAGCAUUCCUCGGCUUCUAUAUUUGAACACGUUGAUAGGAUGUCACGUUCCUCAGAGGCCAGCCGUCGCCUCCCCAGCAAAAUUCAACUCAUCGCCAUGCAGCCGAUGGCCACUCCACCCAUGCAUGGACUGUCUGUGGCAGAACGAGAGAUGGAGGCUAAUAAGAUAAAUAGAGAGAUUCAGACAACGUUGCGUCAUAAGUCGGAGAUAGAACACCACCGUAAUAAGAUACGUCUUCGAGCCAAGCGUAAAGGACACUACGAGUUCCCCCUGGUGGACGUUGUGGGAAUGUCGGACACCAAGGAGCGCCAGCGCAUGUACCGAAGGGCCCAGAUGCAGUUUGAUAAAAUUCUGGAUCCUGUGAUGGGCGUUCCCACUGUAUUCAUAGAGCCCCGUAAGAGCUCUCGAGCUCGGCGUUCUCCAAAGCAGCGGCGACGACAACAGGGCUCCUCCAGCCCCCCAGAUGCAGACCGAGAUCGUUUAAUUGCAACUGAUAGUGACGGUACCUACAAGAGGCCCCCAGGAGUCAGUAACUCGGCCUAUGUGUCUGACCCGGAUCUUCCCUCUGACAACCCCACAUCAGUGUCUGAGUUGGGUAAAUACCCUGGCUCUCUUCCCCGGGGCCCUCCCCCUGCACAGUAUGUGGCCCCUCAGCCUUCCAUUGAAGAGGUCCGUCAGACUAUGCAAUCUCUUCUGGACGAUGCCUUCGCACUGGUGGCCCCCAGCAGCCAGUCAGCUGUGCAAGCUGGAAACUCCCCUACGGGGCAGCAGCAGAACAAUGACACUCCUACCCGCAGCGGAAGGGGCUCUACACCCUGGGGGGCCCAAUAUCCAUCCCACCAGUCACCACACUACAAUAGAUUUGUGGAUUAUGGUGUGACACAGCCUUCGGCUCCCAGCUUGCUAACAAGGAGUCCAGGGUUCGGUUCUGGAUUCCUCCUCCCAUCAGAAACGGCUCCAGCAGAGCCCCAGCAAACAGAGGUGCAGUACCCUGCAAGGAUGUACCCUGAGGACAUACCAUCUGUGGCCAGACCCCGCCCCCUCGGCAGCACCUCAGGCUCUGCCCAGAUCCACCAGCUGACCCAAGUGGGCAUCGCAAGCCGCAUGGGAGCCCAACCCACAGACCUGCCAUUAAACAGGAGUGGACAACCUUCUGGGGGCCCUAGCUGGCCUUCUUCAUACUAUAACCGUGAUGAGGAGACCACCAGAAAUUUCCCUCACCGAGAUGCUGGUCACGUUCAUGGAGCCCAGGACUACGGCACCCCACCAAUGUUUGGUGGGAACAGACCUGCAGCAGGUCGCCAGCCCCCUGCGCACCUCCCACCCUCUAUCUGUUACCCGGCUGCAUCCGCUGAGGACAUUCACCCCGGUCACUCCUCCGCCUCCCUCAUCAAGGCCAUUCGCGAGGAGCUGCUCCGUCUUUCCCAGAAGCAGGUGGUGGCGCCUGCCUACCACAGCUGAUAAGGACUGAGUGCGGCGUCUAUACUGUCCACUUCCUAUGGAAGCCACAGCAGGAUCAUUGGUCAGCAUCGUAACUACUGGAGAAGAGGUGUAAAAGCCACCUCGCCCUGGGCCGGGUCAGCAACACAGGCUUCUCGGAGCACUGAGGGAACCAUGCGUUCAAACUGUUCUAGACACAUGGGCUUCUAGUCCCCCCCAUUGUCAUGUGUCAGGUUAGGAGCUUGAAGGGGUGCUCCACUUUUUUUAGAUACUCCUAUAUUUUUGCUACUUUAACAUCUUAGAAAACAAAAGUUUGUCUACAUGACACUGACCUGUGGGGGCCUCUGCUCUGGAUAUUUCUGAUGUUGGAGGGCCGUUUAGAAAGAUUGGUCGUUCAUUGCUGCGCAACACUCUAUCGCUGCGUUUCUCCACUAAAUUUUCUCUGAUUUAUAAAAGUUUGAAGUGUACAGUGAAAAGACAUAGUGGAUUGAAAAUAGAUUGGUUAAUAGGCAAAAAGAACACACAAAACCGAAAGAAAAUACACCGAGUUAAGGAAAAUUCUCUCUUUUAUUGAAGGAUGAUGAUUAGGGUGGCCCAAUUUAGGUGUGAAAAGUUGGCCAGGAUGAAUGUUUAAUAUCAUGUUUGGUAGUGCAUUUCAUGCACUGGCAAGGAAGGCCGUCUAUGGAAAAGUGGGUAAUGGAAUAAAAAGGUUUCUGAGGUUAAGGGUAUUUGAGGCAGGUGAUAUCAUGAGGCAGUGUGUUCGGGAAGAGUCGUCAUUCCACAUUCAGUGGAAGAUCCAACAGAACCAGCGAAAUGGUCCUAGAUUGAAGGUACAGCAAAAGGAAAGUAAUUGAUUCACAGUGGAAGAUGGAUCAGAGAAUUUUGGGUUAUUAGUAUUAUUAUACAAAAUUUAUAUAGGGCCAACAGUUUGCACAGUGCUUUGCAAAAUGAAGGCAGACAUUACACUUCCAGUACAAUUCAAUACAAGAGGAAUCAGAGGGCCCUGUUCAUUAGAGCUUACAAUCGAAGAUCUGAAGAAUAGAACCGGCUCUGGGAAAGCCAUAAGCAUUUCAACUCAGUAGAAAGAGUCAAGCAAAGGGUCCCAGAGUGAAGACGAAGCACAAGAGGAGUCCUGGCUACAGAAUAGGAGGUGAAGGAUGAAGCAGAUGGUUUUUAAAGAGGCGGUGUGUAUAAUAGGUCACUAAGAAGUGAUUUAACGGAGAACCUGAAACAUUCAAGAUUGGUAAAUGGUAUGAUAGGGAAAGGGAAAAGGUUCCAUAUUGAAGGUAAAGCACCAGAGCAGUCCUGAUUGGGUAAGGUAUGAUAAGGAAAGGGAAAAGGUUCCAUAUUGAUGGUAAAGCACCAGAGCAGUCCUGAUUGGGUAAGGUAUGAUAGGGAAAGGGAAAAGGUUCCAUAUUGAUGGUAAAGCACCAGAGCAGUCCUGAUUGGGUAAGGUAUGAUAG